AACAAUAAUAAUAAUCACUUGUAAAAUAUGUUAAAAUCAUAUAUCCGUAUACAAGAAUAAUUUAAUGAUAUCAACGAAUCGCAAAAAGAUACGAUUUAGAAUCGGAUGUUAAGGAAAAUAAAAGAAAGAGGGCCGAGCUUAUAACCCGUCAAUUUUGCUAUUCGCACCUUUGUAAUUUCCGCAACUCUCUUCUGUAUAUGUGAAACGACGAAGAGAAUUGCCAGUUUGAACGACCAGCAGGAGCAGAGACCGACUCAGUUUCGAUCGGGCCGCCCGAUGGUACCGAUCGAGUAAUAAAAGUUACCUCAAUCUUAUUUUUUUAAUCGCCUCUAAUAUUCUUCAAAAUAGAUGCAGUUCUCUGGAUUUGAUCAUCAAGAUGAAUGCAAGGAUAAAUUGAGCUCGAACAAUGGCUAUGAGGCCAGGAUGAGUGAUACUUCAAGGACAUUGAUUUUAACAUUACCAAGAAGAGAAAUAGAAAACAGAGAGAGAGCCGAUAAUAUGAAUGACUCGAAUAUAACAAUACCUGCCUCAACUAAAUGUAAAACAUCAACCUCUUUGCUGCUGACACGAUGGUUGACAUCAAAAAGUCCUUCUUCGCGAGAUAUAGAAAGUGGUUGGUCUUCGGAACGUUCAAUGGAUUAUGGAACACCACCACCUGUUGAAGAACCACAUUGUUACUCCAUGUGUGUAAGCGAAAGUUCAUGUACCGAGGAAAUUGAUCAUUCCUUGCAAGUUAACAAGGAUAUUAUACGAAAUCUAUUGGUCGAGCAUACGAGACAAAUAGGAAGUAAAGUACAACUUUUAGAAGAUCUUGAACUGGGAAAGAUCGACGUAGAAAAUAAAGAUAAGAUAAUAUCUAGUUAUAAGAAGGAAGAGAUCGAUGCGCUGUUAUUGUAUGCUAGCUUUCUCGGUCGAGUAGAUUACAUAAUUAGCCUUGAAAAAUGUGGAGCUAACGUGAAUUCCUCGGAACAAGAGCACAAUCUGACUCCAUUGCAUCUUUGCGCGUUUAGUAAUUCGUUGGCAGGAGUAGAAUACUUGAUCGAUCAUGGUGCCAACGUAAAUGCCGGUAAAAGUCACAGACCAUUUCAUUAUGUGGCUUUUGGUAAUUCCUAUGAGGUAGCCCGGUAUUUCUUACAGAAAGGUAUAUCCGAAGAAUCGGCACACUCAGAAGAAACGGUACUUCAUGUGGCAGCACGUUGUAAUGCCUUAGAAAUAUUAAAACUUUUGGCACCAAAUAAUAUUUCGUUGAAUCGAUUGGAUGCUAACGGUUAUGCACCAAUACAUCACGUUGCUGAUAGAGGAGAUCCAGCAUGUAUGAAGAUACUUAUACAAGCUGCUUGUCAAAUUGAUUUGCCAAAUAAAAAAGGUGAUACAGCGUUACAUCUCGCUGCCGAAGCUGGAUGUCUUAAAAAUAUUGAUCUGCUAUUAGAAAAUAAUGCAAACGUUCAUUUGAAGAAUAACAGAAAUCAAACUCCAUUACAUUUGGCAGCACGUUCUCAUUGUUUAGAUUCCGUCGAAUUAUUGUUAAAAAAAGGCCGUAGCGAUCCGAACGAUGAAGACAUCGAUGGUAGAACACCGCUUCAUUUAGCAUUAGGUAGAUCAUUGUUAGCAUAUGACGUGACUGAAACUCUUAUCAUUUCGAGGGCAAAUGUUAAUAAGGUCGAUAAGUAUGGUUAUACACCAUUACACGUUGCUGCUUUAAAUGAGUUAUCGCAGUGCGUUGAUAUAUUAAUACAACACAAUGGUGACCUAAGUGCAAGAACAAAAGGGGGUACCAGUGCAUUGUCAAUAAUUUUACGUAAGACACCAACAUCAUUGGAAGUAUUCAAACAAAGAUUAGACGCUUCGAUCACUCUUCAUCAGCAUAGAUCAGCCACUGGAGAGAUCGAAUUGAGACUUGAUUUCCAUCCCUUACUACAACAUCAACAGAAAGGAGAGAUCGGUUAUUUGGGUACUUUUGUUAAGGAAGGUUAUAAAGAGAUACUCGAACAUCCUCUUUGUCAAUCUUUUCUUCACCUUAAAUGGCAAAAAAUCAAAAAGUAUUAUAUUGGUAGAUUACUUUUCUACCUGCUUUACGUUCUCGUUCUAACUGCUUGGGUUAUAACAGCCCUUGCUCAUAAUUGUUACAACGAGUCCCAUGGUCAGGUAGAUGAUCCUAGUACACCCCUUUGUGCCAACACUACAGGCUUAAAUGGUUUUCUCUAUAGACACCCUGUGGUUUUAGAAGUCGAAUGGUACUCCUUGGUAGUUCUUACUAUAUUAGAAGCUCUUAGAAAGUUAACAGGUAUUUUGACAUAUCUUUCAAUCAAACAAUUCUUCACCCAAGCUGAGAAUAUGGUCGAAUGGUGCGUGAUACUAAGCGUAUUUGCUACAUCAUUCGUAUAUACAGGUAGAACGUAUACAUGGCAGAGUCACGUAGGUGCAUUCGCCGUAUUAUGUGGUUGGACUAAUCUCAUGUUAAUGAUAGGACAACUUCCAAUGUUUGGUGCGUAUGUAGCAAUGUUUACCAGCGUUCAAGCACAAGUUUUUAAACUACUACUGGCAUAUGCCUGUUUACUCGUCGGCUUUACGGCCAGUUUCUGCGUUAUUUUUCCACGAUCGAAAUCAUUCAGCAGUCCUCAUACCGGUCUCAUUAAAGUCCUCGUUAUGAUGACCGGCGAGUUAGGUUUCGAGGAAUUUUUCCCUGAUAAAGAGGAAGGUGGUAUAUCAGUAGAUGUAAGUGGUACUUCAUGGAUCCUACUUCAAGUAUCCGCACAAUUAUCUUUCGUGUUAUUCCUAUUAUUCGUCACUAUAGUAUUGAUGAAUUUACUCGUAGGUAUUGCCGUUCAUGAUAUCAAAGGUCUUCAAAAGACAGCCGGUCUAGCUAAAUUAGUACGACAAACAAAACUUAUUUGUGACGUUGAAAGAGCUUUGUUUCUCGGACUUUUGCCAAACAGAUUGACAAAAUUGUUAUGGUGGACGGCUGUUGUAUUACCUUCACCAUUACGUGCUAUACUUACGGUUAGGCCAUUAAAUCCUAGAGAGACGAGAUUACCUCGUGACGUUCUAACUUCCGCUUACAAAGUUGCCAAGGAUAGGAAAUUUUUAAAUGGUACCUUGACUAGUAAAAAAAGUAAUAGUACGUCUUACACAUACGUUAAAAGCGAUGGUUACUCGACUAUGAGAUGCCGCGUUAACGAAAAUGAUAUCCUUCAUGCGGACAAUAAUAAAUUACAGGACGAAAUUCUGGAAGUUAGAAAAAUUUGUGAAAAGAAUCAUCAGCUUAUACAAGAUCUUGUUGUGGCACUUGCUAUGGACAAGAGAUAUAAUCGAGAUCGGCAAGAGGAUGAGAAUCAUUAGAGAGAAUAGAUUAGAUCGGAUCCUCAAUUAACUAGAGAUAUUAAUUGGAUAAUUAAUUUCUUCUAACUCGUUAAAAUUCCAACUAUGAUGGCGUGUGUUUUUAUUGUUACUGAACUUCCUUUGCCUUUUUUUUUUGGAUAUUUUUAACACAUUGACUUCCUUCUACAAAAUAAAACAUCAAAUUUUAUUAAUCAUAGUCUUGUAUACCAUACAUAUUAGAUGUGAAAUAGAUAUCAAGGAUGUCAAAUUUUGACAACUAUUCAGUGUAAAACUAUUAAAAAUAUACUUGAUUAAUGGCAAAUGAAAUAUAUAUAAAUUUUUAUUAUUA